AUGACUUCUUUUGCAGAUGAAAAGAUGACAAAUCGAAGUACAUUUCGAAAAGUGUUAAUUGACCAAUCGAAACAGCAACAAAUCAGUUUAAUUAGUGGAUUUCGAGGGGUGGCGAGGCAUCUGAAAAGUGUUUUGACUGUGGAAAUAAACACGGAACCAAUAAAUCUGAAUGGAUUGGAUGAUGUGCGAAUGAUCAUUAUUCCUCAACCGAAAUCUGCAUUCGGAACUGGAGAGAUUGAAACCAUCUGGAGAUUUGUCGAAGAAGGUGGCUGUUUGAUGAUAUUAUCUGGAGAAGGAGGAGAACGACACUCGUUGAAUGAAUUGCUUUCCAAAUAUGGGAUUGCCGUGAAUAAAGACGCUGUAAUUCGGACUGUGUUCUUGAAAUAUUUCGAUCCGAAGGAGGCUCUUGUUGCCAAUGGAGUCGUGAAUCGAUCGAUUGCCGUUGCAGCGAAAAAGAAUGUGAGCACCGAGCAGAAACAGAAUUCACAAACUCUUUCAUUCAUCUAUCCAUAUGGAUCUACUUUGGAUGUGAACAAUCGUCAAUCGAAUGUUGUUCUCUCUUCUGGAAGUACUAGUUUCCCGACAAGUCGACCAGUUGCUGCAUUCCAUGAGACAAAACUCAACGAAUUUAAAAAGAAAGGGCGUGUCUGUGUGGUUGGUUCCGUCUCAAUGUUCCAUGACGCUUACAUUGAUAAAGAAGAAAAUGGAAAGAUUUUUGACACUUUCGUGGAAUACCUUGUCAACGGUUUCGAUUUGAACACAAUCGACGCAGCAGAACCGGAAAUCAGUGAUUACACGAAUAUUCCGGAUCAUAUUCACAUGUCUCAGCAGAUAAAAGUCUGCAUGUAUGAAGGUGAGUUGGAUUCCGCUGUCAGCUCAGAUUUCAUGAAGAUUCUGGAUAACUCACUGCAUUCGUUCAAUUUGAAACAUUGGCCAAUGACGUUACGUCUCUAUGAAGCUCUUAAUCUGUCACCUCCUCCCCUAACUCUUGUUGAGCCUCAAUUUGAACUUCCGAUGCCUCCAUUCCAACCUGCUGUAUUUGCUCCUACUUUUCAAGAUUUACCAAUGCCUCCUCUUGAAUUAUUCGAUCUGGAUGAACAGUUCAGCUCUCCUGAAAUUCAAUUAUCUCAACUGGCUAAUAGAAGUGAGGAAGAAGAUUUGGUGUUCUUCAUCGAGAAAGCUGCCGAGAUCACUGGAAUUUCUGCUGAACUGACACGAAGUGAACGGACUCCAAAAAAAAUUAUUGAGCUGGUUGUGAAUAAAUUAAUGUUGUUCAAACGAUCGAUGAUGGAUGGAGAGAUAGAAGUUGCAUCUGCAUUUGAUAUCGAGGAGGAUCAUCAUCAUCAAAACUUCCAUCCUAAUGAAGAAAUAGAUGAACAACUGUUCUCUGAUAUUGAUGAGUUUGAUGAUUUGUAG